AUGGAUGACAGAUGGGUUAAUAAAGAGCCAAGUCAGAGAUUGGACCUUUCCUUGUGUGAAGAAGAAACCGAAAACCAAGAGCAGACGAUACCACCACCGAGUGAGGAGGCCCAAAGUCGAACCCCAGAGAGAGGCGAGGCUCAGGAUUUGGAGGCUCCCAGGACUCCCCUCCAGACGAUACCACCACCAAGUGAGGAGGCCCAAAGUCGAACCCCAGAGAGAGGCGAGGCUCAGGAUUUGGAGGCUCCCAGGACUCCCUUCCAGAGGAUAACACCACAGGAGGAGGCCCAAAGCCCAACCCCAGAGAGAGGCAAGGCCCAGGAUUUAGAGGCUCCCAGGACUCCCCUCCAGACGUUACCACCACCGAGUGAAAAGGCCCAAAGUCGAACCCCAGAGAGAGGCGACGCUCAGGAUUUGGAGGCUCCCAGGACUCCCCUCCAGACGAUACCACCACCAAGUGAGGAGGCCCAAAGUCGAAUCCUAGAGAGAGGCGAGGCUCAGGAUUUGGAGGCUCCCAGGACUCCCCUCCAGACGAUACCACCACCAAGUGAGGAGGCCCAAAGUCGAACCCCAGAGAGAAGUGAGGCUCAGGAUUUGGAGGCUCCCAGGACUCCCCUCCAGACGAUACCACCACCGAGUGAGGAGGCCCAAAGUCGAACCCCAGAGAGAGGCGAGGCUCAGGAUUUGGAGGCUCCCAGGACUCCCCUCCAGACGAUACCACCACCGAGUGAGGAGGCCCAAAGUCGAACCCCAGAGAGAGGCGACGCUCAGGAUUUGGAGGCUCCCAGGACUCCCCUCCAGACGAUACCACCACCAAGUGAGGAGGCCCAAAGUCGAACCCUAGAGAGAGGCGAGGCUCAGGAUUUGGAGGCUCCCAGGACUCCCCUCCAGACGAUACCACCACCGAGUGAGGAGGCCCAAAGUCGAACCCCAGAGAGAAGUGAGGCUCAGGAUUUGGAGGCUCCCAGGACUCCCCUCCAGAUGAUACCACCACCGAGUGAGGAGGCCCAAAGUCGAACUCCAGAGAGAGGCGAGGCUCAGGAUUUGGAGGCUCCCAGGACUCCCCUCCAGACGAUACCACCACCGAGUGAGGAGGCCCAAAGUCGAACCCCAGAGAGAAGUGAGGCUCAGGAUUUGGAGGCUCCCAGGACUCCCCUCCAGAUGAUACCACCACCGAGUGAGGAGGCCCAAAGUCGAACUCCAGAGAGAGGCGAGGCUCAGGAUUUGGAGGCUCCCAGGACUCCCUUCCAGAUGAUAACACCACAGGAGGAGGCCCAAAGUCGAACCCCAGAGAGAGGCGAGGCCCAGGAUUUAGAGGCUCCCAGGACUCCCCUCCAGGACAUACAUGCGCGUGACAGCUCUAGGGAGAGCGACCAAGAAAGUCCGGAUUCCAUGAUUCGGAGUCUAAGGUCAGAAUCCCCCAAAUGUCCAGCAACCCCAGCACGACCUGGCAGAAGAAGCGACCCGUGGCUCAGUGUCUGCCCUGCUACACCUAAGGUCAAAGGUGGAUGGGAUCAGGAGAGUAUUGUUCUGCUAAGGACAGAUAAGCGCCUGGCCUACCACAGGCACGGCAGGGAUAGCCUGAAAGAUGUUCAGGAAGCAGUGACUGUCAUGAUGGAGGAGUUGUGGGGAAAAGAAAGAUCUAACAUUACGGGCCUGUCGAAAAAUCCAAUGAUGUCUUCAGUGGGGAAGUCUGCCUCUCUAAGCUCUAAGCAUUUGAAGAGCACACCUGGUCCACUCAUGGAUGAGAGGACCUCAUUGUCUCUGGUCAAUGUAAAUCCAUUCACCCCAGAGUCCUACAGAAAACUAAUCCAUCAUUCAAAAGGCAAGAGGAAAACCCAAGGAGAUCUAAUGGAAUUUUCUUUACAGAAUGCCCCAAAUGGAGCAGCCAUUUGUGUUGCUAUGAACUCACCAUUUUGGGCCUUGGAGAUGUUAAUGCUCAUUUACAGUUUCAGUGAGGGAACCAGUGCAGAGGAAGGCAAAGAAGAACAAGGACGGCCUGCCAAGAAAAGUCUGCUAGAAGAAAUUAACAUGGCUUCCCGAUAUGCAAAGGAAUUCUUGGAGGUAGAAAAACUUGGGGUUGGAGCAUUUGGUACAGUCUACAAAUGCAUCAAGAGGCUGGAUGGGUGUGUUUAUGCAAUCAAGUACUCGACAAGAACCUUUUCAGGCCUAUCAAAUGAGAAUUUGGAUUUGCAUGAAGUGUAUGCUCAUGCGGUGCUUGGACAUCACCCACAUGUGGUACGUUACUAUUCUUCCUGGACAGAAGAUGAUCAUGUGAUCAUCCAGAAUGAAUACUGCAAUGGUGGAAGCUUACAAGCUGCUAUAUCUAAAAACACUAAGGCUGGCAAUCAUUUCCAAGAACCCAAACUCAAGGACAUGCUUCUUCAGAUUUCCUUGGGCCUCAAGUACAUCCACAAUGCUGGCAUGGUACACAUGGACAUCAAACCUAGCAACAUUUUCAUUUGUCAUAAUAUGCAAAGUGACUCUCCUGAAGGCCCAGAAGAAGCUGAAAAUGAAGCUGAUUGGUUUUUAUCUGCCAGUGUGAUAUAUAAAAUUGGUGAUCUGGGUCAUGUGACAUCCAUAAGUAAACCAAAAGUGGAAGAAGGAGACAUUUGCUUCCUGGCUAAUGAGAUUUUACAAGAGAAUUAUCGCUACCUCCCCAAAGCGGACAUAUUUUCCUUGGGAUUGACCAUGGCAGUAGCUGCGGGAGCGCAGUCACUACCUGCCAAUGGUGAAGAGUGGCACCACAUCCGCAGGGGCAACCUUCCCAGCAUCCCUCAGGAGCUCUCGGAAGACUUCUACCAGUUGCUCAAGAACAUGAUCCACCCUGACCCGGAGGAGAGACCUUCUGCAGCAGCUCUGGCCAGGAGUCAAGUUCUCCGGCCCUCCCUGGGGACCACAGAGGAGCUCCAGCAGCAGCUGGACUUGGAAAAGUCCAAGAUAGCCGCACUGGAAAGGGAACUGAGAGAAGCCCAGCAAGCCCAGUCCUCCCAAGGAGACAUCCCCCAGGGCCACCCCAGUGAUUCUGAGGCCCACCCAGGACCAAGGAGCACAAAGCGUCUGGUUGGAGGAAAGAGUAGGAAGUCUUCAAGCUUUACCUGUGGGAAAUCUUCCCCAUAG